AUGGCUUGUCACUUGGUUUCAGGAUGGGAUAUGGCACCUUACAUCGAGGCAAUUGAUUCCCAGCAUUUGUUUUACUUCACUAUACGAUGUUUAUGUGAUAAUUUACGAAUUCGGUGGGAGUCAUCUCGUAGCCGAACCAAGGAACGUGCCUUAAUGAUGAUGGAUAACUUGGUUAAACAUAUUUAUGAAUCGUCUCCAUCGAUAGCAGAAAGAAUUGCUUUCAGUUAUGCUGUUUAUAUGCCUAGUAUUCCUGCACUAAGGAAGGAAUAUGCAUUACUUUUGGUGCGAUGCGGUUUGAUAGGGGAGGCAAUGAAGGAAUUUGAAGAUUUAGAAUUAUGGGAUAAUCUUAUAUAUUGCUACAGUCUGUUGGAGAAGAAAGCAAGUGCUGUUGAACUUAUCAGAAAACGUCUCUCAGAAAAACCAAAUGAUCCCAGAUUAUGGUGCUCCCUGGGUGACACUACUGCUAAUGAUGCAUACUAUGAAAAAGCUCUGGAAGUUUCAAACAAUAGAUCUGUUAGGGCAAAGUGUUCUCUGGCUCGUAGUGCGUAUCACAGAGGAGACUAUAUGACAUCUAAAAUUUUGUGGGAGUCUGCAAUGUCAAUGAAUUCUAUGUAUCCUGAUGGUUGGUUUUCAUUUGGGGCUGCUGCGUUGAAGUAUGACAAGCUUACUGGCAAAGUUUUACAGGCGCAGGAUAAAGAAAAGGCCCUGGAUGCAUUUACUCGUGCUGUUCAACUUGACCCUGAAAAUGGGGAAGCUUGGAAUAACAUCGCUUGCUUGCUUAUGAUCAAGAAAAAGAGCAAGGAGGCCUUCAUUGCAUUUAAAGAAGCCUUGAAAUUCAAACGAAACAGCUGGAGAAUGUGGGAAACGUACGGCCUUGUUGCUGUUGACAUUGGCAAUAUCAGUCAGGCACUUGAAGCUGUCCAGAUGAUUUUAGACAUGACCAAUAAUAAGGUAGUAGCUUAUGAGUUAUUGGAAAGAAUCACAAUGGAGGUGGAAAAGCGGGUUGCUACAAAUAAUGCGCCGCCUUUGAUAACUGAUAAGAAGCCUAAAACAGAUCAAUUCUGCAUUGUCGAUUCGGGAUCAGAAUGCCAAGAGCAAGUAUCUGUUGCAGGAGGAUCACGUGAAACUGAACAAUUAUUAUUAUUACUUGGAAAAGUUUUACAGCAGAUAGUUAAAAGUGGGAGUGGAUGUGGACCUGAUAUCUGGGGCUUAUAUGCCAAAUGGCACAGAAUUAAUGCAGAUCUCACUAUGUGUUCUGAAGCCCUAUUAAAGCAGGUUAGGUCACUCCAGGGAUCUGAUACAUGGAAGGAUCCACAUCGCUUCAAAAAGUUUGCAAAAGCAUCUUUGGAGCUUUGCCAGGUGUACGGGGAAAUUUUUUCAUCUGGUGGUAGUAUUAAACAAUUGUCUACGGCUGAGAUGCACUUGAAGAAUGUGAUCAGACAGGCUGAGACCUUUUCCGAUACCGAAGAGUUCAGGGAUCUUCAGGCUUGCUAUGAUGAAGUGAUAGCUUCUAAAUUUUCAUCCACAGGAAAUGUCAAGAAGGAUGCUUUCAGAAUCCAGAAUAUGACAAAUAUUGAAAACAUCACCGAUUGGAAUAUACUUUCUAACACGCGUGUCUAUCAAGAUGAAGGCCAGUGUGGGAAAUAUAGCUGUCUCCACGUGAUGAAACAGAUUUAUGACACUGAGAUCAUUUUGGUUUUAAACAAUGGUUAA